GCCGUUGUAGAUGCGGUUUCGGUUCCCUCUUCAACGGCUCUAUCCCCAGCCGCCGCCUGUCGGCCAGGAGCCCCGUAGACAAAGGGCCGGCAAGGAGCUGGCCGUCGGGACCUACAAACUCGAAGUCGAGUACCCCGUGAAGGGUGGCGUCUUCAACGACGCCGUUGACGGUCAUGAUGUUCUGGCCCAAGCUAUCCCGGUCGAGGAUCGGGCUUACUUGAAGAAGCUGGGUCCCAUCAGGAUCUAUGAUGGCGGGAUGGACCUCAUUGUCCAAGGUGUUCUUAUGCUGAUGGAGAGCCACAAGCGGCAAGAGCAAGAGAUUGCCCCCGCCUGAAGGAAGCCGAGAAAAAUGCUGCCUCGGCCGAGGAGGCCAUGGCCUGCCUAGAUCGGCUCCGGGGGGAGGUAAAGGCCCUGCAAAAGGGUGUUGAUGAGGCCGAUGUGGCCUACCGGCAGGUGGCGGCCGAUAGGGAUGACGCUUUGAGGGCAAGGGAUGAGGCCCCGAGAAGCCGUGAUGAGGCCCUGCUUCGGGCCGAGGAUGCCGCGCGGGCUCAGAAUGACUCUGAGAGGGCUGCUGAGAAGGCCGUUGAUGGCGCUAUCGAGAGGUUCCUGUCCGAAGGCUGGAAGGCCGAGGACCGCCGGCCCUGGUGCUAUGAAGUUGUGGCGGACCGGCUUGAAGACUGGGGCCAG